AUGAAGCCCUGCGCGCGCCUGUCCGGCCUGUGUGGCCUCGCCGCACUCGUCGCGUUUUUCCAUCAGCUUCCUCGCGACCCUCGCCGGCGCCACCCGUUGUGUGCUCAAGUAAACUGUGGGGAAGCCGCCUGCGUUGGUGAUACAGACUUGCCGGGGCCCCUGUGCGUGUGCAAGGACGGUCUUCAUUGGGCACAGGACAAGACGUGUGUGGCGGAUCUGUGUACCAAAUUGGACUGUGGCGAAGCUACCUGCACUAAAGAUCCUUACGUUGACUUUGCCACCUGCGAGUGCAAGCAAGGUUUUGAAUUUGACGAUGACAGCAAGACGUGUGUGGACAUGUGUGCCGGCGUGGAGUGUGGCUCAGAGGCGUCCUGCGAUGCUGACAGUGGUGCCCAUUGUGUUUGCAACAAGAAAGGUUACUGGCUCCAAUUGGAAGACAUGACGUGCUUUGCCCCCGUGGUGCGGACGUCGGUGGUAUUCCAACAAGGCGGGUUAGCAGGGCCGCGGUGGUUCUUUUUACCGCAGCGUCCAGAGCAGUCCAUUGGCGCCAUCGCGUGCGGCUCGCGCUUUUUCCUCAAAGGCGAUGCCAGGAUCACGGUCGUGUGGAACGCGUCCAAGCCCGUCUCGUAUCAAGACUACGUGCCUGGCAACGCCAUGUGCAAAAGGUUGCUCUUCUACUCUGACGAGGAAUGCAAGGAGAAGGUGGACUUCACAAUCGCACGUCCCGUGAAGAAGGGCAGUUCCUACCCCAUCACGAGAAGGGCUGUCAAUGGAAUUGCUAAACCCUGGCAAUCAGUUGGAUGCGAGAUCACCAUGUGUGAGAAUGAUUGCGGAACUGCUGCGUGCGUUGUGAAGGAGGGCCAGUGGCAGUGCCAGUGUCCCGAGGGCCUCGUGUUCAACGAGGCUAAGAAGCUCUGCCUCGACCCGUCUCUCCCUCGUCGGGCUGGUGGGCAAGCGAAGAAAGGCCGACCCUAG